AUGGCCACCGCCGCAGAUGCCAUUGGAGCCAAGCAGCUCACAAUCUCCGUCGAGUUCUCGGGCGGCCUCGAGAUGCUCUUCUCCGACCAGCGGCACCACACUGUCAUCCUGCCGUCCGAGGCCAAGAGCGGUCAACCCGCCGACAUUGCGUUUUUGAUAGAUCAUCUCUGCGAGCAUGUCAUGAAGGAUACGCGCAAAGAACUUUUCGUACUCGACGGCCACAUCCGGCCGGGUGUCCUGGUGCUCAUCAAUGACGCCGACUGGGAGCUCGAGGGCGAGGAGGCGUACGAGCUCCAGGCCGGCGACAACAUCCUCUUUGUCUCGACACUCCACGGGGGUUAG